UUUCGGGUGUGGGUAUGUGUAGAGAGCUUCUUGGUCAAAAGGCUUUAGGGGACCUAGUCCAUCCACCUGGGUAAUCAUGGUCCUCUGCUGGUGCUGGGAUGCCUUUGGAUUCUACCUCCAGGAGGUUGUGGUGUGGUCAGAGAGGCAGCUGACACUGCCCUGGACACUGGCAGGUCUCUGGGGGUCCUGGGGUAGCGAGCUGCUCCCCAUCCUGGGCUAUGUGGACCAUCUGAUAUGUCAUGGUUUGCUGUUAACAAUGCUUUGGUUAUCUGACCCGGUUUUAGGCCAAAUGUUGUAUAUGCCCACAUUCCUAAGAUCCUGCCCAGCCCUGUGAGGGAGGGGCUGCCACUGUCCCUCUAAAUUGCAGUCUCUGCACCUCAAUUUUCCCUGCUUGCACCAGCCUAGCUCUCUCCCUCCCCAUUCUCUGGGGUGGCUACAUGCUCCUGUGCCCAGAUUCAGGAAGCGGCCUGACGAUCGUUUAGUGAGACAGUGCCUGGACAGAGCGGCAGUGUGCUCUACAUAGGGUUCCCAAGGCAUGAUGACGCCAUGUGCCAGGCUGCUGGUGGGCAAGUCCCAGGAGCCUUGCAGUGAAUUGGUGGUGUCUAUUGGGUAGGACCUAGGUUGAGCUCAGGAUAGGGGAGAAGUGGGGCAGUGUGAGGGACAUUUGGGGAAUAGACAGUGCUGGUGGGGGUGGUAGAGGCUGGGACAGGUUGGGGCUGGGAAACCAAGCAAUCUAAGCAGAGCAGGUCUAGAACUGGGGAGGAAAGUGUUUUUCAUGGACAUGAGCUCCAUGACACGUAGGGGAAGGAUGUCUUUUGACUUUAGUUCUUCUCUGGGCUCUGGGUGCAGUGCAGACCUGGAGCUUAGGGGUCACCAGUCCAUGAGGGUGUUGGUAGGGGAGGUCUAGUGCUUCCUACCCAGAAAAAGCCCAGGCUGAGCACAGGAUAUUGGGGGAACAGGGCCUGGGAUGUAAAGAGGAAACCAGCAGACUAGAGUGGAAGUGAGUCAGGGUGAGUCACUGCCUGGCAGGUGGAGGCGUGCUACUGACCCGUCCCUGUCCCUCCAUGGGUGUUUUUAGGUGUUUGUGGGAUCUGACCUACAAGGGCCCCAGGAGAAUCACAAGUGGUGGACCACAGGGGACCCACAGGACAUAGUGAGGAAGAGGGGCCAGAUAGGCCAAGAGUAAGGCAGGGAGGGCCCUCGGUGGACUUGCCAGAGGAGGAAGGUUCUGUUGAGCCUUGAAGAAGGCCCUCCAGGGAGGGAAGCCCUCAGCUUGCAGGACAGGAAUUAGCCUGCCUGGGGUGCUGGCCACCUGGCCUGAAGAGUAAGAGAUUGAGGUGGGGAUGGCACUGGGCCUGAGGGACCAGGGAUCUGGACUGAAGCAGCAAGGCUGGCUCAGAGGCAGUGAGAAGCCCCAGCAGGGCUCAGAGCAGCAUGUCAGCCAGGCAGCUUCCUGUAGGAGGGAGCCUGUGCUGGGGAGCAGUUGCAGGAACUGAGAGGCAGACCAAAAGAAAGGGCAGCAGGCUCUGUGCUCUGGGGUCCCAAGGCCUGAGAUGAGGCCUCCUUCUGGGGUCCUGUCCCCUGUCUGUCCCUGGCUCUAUUUCUCUGGCUCUCCUGCUGCCUGGGCCUUGUCUGAUGUCAGACUAAGCCUUCUCAGCCUUAAUGCUUUGCCCCCCACACCCUCCUGUGCCAAUGAGGCAUGGAUACUGCAGGGCUCUGGCUUCCGUUGGGUUGGAAGGAGGGAGCAACCCUCCCCAGAAGCCAGACAGCUCCCUCCUCCCUGGGGAGCCAGGCAGGUCCAGGUCCCACAGCCUGGAGGUUCUGGGAAGGCAGUGGCCAGGCAGUCUCAACCGUGUCAUUGUACCAUGUACCUGGCCCAAUGUUUGUGGAACGGACAUGUCUUUCUCUAGCUAAAGGAUAUGCAUGGCACAGAACCGUACAUGGUUCCCACAGCUGAAGAAUGCUGGAGAAAACUGUUGGGUAGGGGGUGCCAGCUGGCUGCUAUGCUCAGGGCUGGGCCAGGACCAGAUAUUGGGCCUACCUGAGCCAAGGCUUCCUUCCCGGCCGCUAGAGGCCGCCCUCACCACUCACCAAGACUGCGCCCCGUAGAACAGCCCAGGGGCCCUGCUCCUUUGGCUCGGAGUCCCUCUCUCCCAUGUGUAGCACUGACAGCCAGGCCCUCUUGGGGGGGGUCUCUCUUGGUGGUGGUUGGGGCUCCAGGCUACCUCAAGUGUGACACAGAUGAUGCCUCUGAAACCCGUGAGGAGAGCCUGAGGGAUGAGGCCUUCGACACGGUCAACUCCUCCAUUGUGUCUGGCGAAAGCAUCCGCUUUUUUGUCAACGUCAACCUCGAGGUGCAGCCUACCCAGUCUGUACCUGAAGUUAAAGAACUUUGAGGAAGAGAUCCGUGCACACCGGGACUUAGAUGGCUUCCUGGCACGGGCCAGAAUCAUCCUGGAUGAAACGGCCACCUCCCUGGAUGACGUGCUGCGGGCUAUGCUGUCCCGCUUAGCCCAAGACCCCUACAACACGGAGCCAGAUUGCAACCUGGACCUGCUCACGGCCAUGCUCUUCACUGACGCAGGGGCUCCCAUGGAGGGCAAAGCAGUUCACCUGCUGUCGGACACCAUCCAAGGGGUCACUGCCACAGUAACGGGGGUACAAUACCAGCAGUCAUGGAUCUGCAUCCUCUGCACCUCCAAGGCCCUGCUGAGGCGACACGUGUGCAUCAGCCGCCUGGACCGCCCACAGAACUGGGGGGAGAAUUCCUGUGAGGUGCGGUUUGUCAUCCUGGUGCUGGCCCCACCCAAGAUGAAAAGCACCAAGACCGCCACUGAAGUGGGGCGCACAUUUGCCACCAUGAUGUUAGACAUCACCUUCCGCCAGAAGCUCCUGAAGACCCGCACAGAGGAGGAAUUCAAAGAGGCCCUGGUCCAUCAGAGACAGCUGCUCACCGUAAUGAGCCACUGUCCGAGUUUCAGCAUGGACUACAGCAUGAGCUCCAUCUGCAUCGUCAGACACCCACAGCCCCCACAGCAGAAGGACUUUCUCCCCAUGGGGAAGGGCAUCCAGGAGGACGUCGCCCGCAGGUUCCCCGUGUACCCUCUGGACUUCACUGACGGCAUCAUCGGGAAAAACAAGGCUGUGGGCAAAUACAUCACCACCACCCUGUUCCUUUACUUCGCCUGCCUUCUGCCCACGAUUGCUUUUGGGUCCCUCAAUGAUGAGAACACAAAUGGAGCCAUCGACGUGCAGAAGACUGUGGCCGGGCAGGGCAUCGGAGGCCUCCUGUAUGCGCUCUUCUCUGGGCAGCCGCUGGUGGUGCUGCUGACGACCGCGCCCCUGGCCCUCUACAUCAACGUGAUCCGUGGCAUCUGCGAUGACUAUAAUCUGGACUUCAGUACCUUCUAUGCGUGGACAGGCCUGUGGAACAGUUUCUUCCUCACGCUUUAUGCCCUCUUCAAUCUCAGCCUGGUCAUGAGUCUUUUCAAGAGGUCAACAGAGGAGAUCAUUGCCUUGUUCAUUUCUAUCACGUUCGUCCUAGAUGCUAUCAAGGGCACAGUCAAAAUCUUCCAGAAGUACUACUAUGGCCAUGACGCUGCAGUCUUCAAAGAUGAGCCCUCCUUGGUGAGCCUGCUGGGCCUCAACAGUAGCCUCCACACUGCCCUCAACACCAGCUUUCUGACCAGUCCACCAGAGCUAACUUCAACGGGCAGCCAGGACCCCGAGCCCCUGGCUCGGGAUACGGCUGUGCUCAGCCUUCUCAUCAUGCUGGGCACGCUCUGGCUGAGCUACACCCUCUACCAGUUGAAGAAGAGCCCCUACCUGAACCCCUAUGUGCGUGAGCUCCUGUCAGACUGUGCCUUGCCCAUUUCGGUGCUUACCUUCUCUCUCAUCUCUUCCUACGGCUUCCAGGAGAUUAAGAUGGUCAAGUUUCGCUACAGCCCGAGUAACAGCCUGUUCGAGAUAGCCGAGAUGCACUCGCUAUCCCUGGUGGCCAUCAGCAGCGCCAUGGGCCUUGGCUUCCUCCUCUCCAUGCUCUUCUUCAUAGAGCAGAACCUGGUGGCUGCCUUGGCCAACGCCCCACAGAACAGGCUGGUGAAGGGCACUGCCUACCACUGGGACCUCCUGCUCAUCGCCAUCAUCAAUACUGGGCUGUCUCUGUUUGGGCUGCCCUGGAUCCACGCUGCCUACCCCCACUCCCUGCUGCACGUGCGAGCACUGGCUUUGGUGGAGGAGCACGUGGAGAACGGGCACAUUUACGAGACGAUUGUGAACGUGAAGGAGACACGGCUGACCUCCCUGGGCGCCAGCAUCCUGGUGGGCUUCUCCCUCCUGCUGCUGCCCUUCCCACUACAGUGGAUCCCCAAGCCUGUGCUCUACGGCCUCUUCCUUUACCUCGCGCUCACCUCCAUCGACGGCAACCAGCUGUUUCAGCGCAUGGUGCUGCUGCUCAAGGACCAGACGUCAUACCCACCCACCCACUACAUCCGGAGGGUGCCCCAGAGGAAGAUCCACUACUUCACAGGCCUGCAGGUCCUGCAGCUGCUGCUGCUCUGUGCCUUUGGCAUGAGCCCACUGCUCUACAUGAAGAUGGUCUUUCCCCUCAUCAUGAUUGCCAUGAUCCCCAUUCGCUACAACGUGCUGCCCCAAAUCAUUGAAGCCAAGUACUUGGAUGCCAUGGAUGCUGAACACUGACGCCCUGACUAGCAGGUCCUGGCCACCCCCCAUUCGCCCAUUUCUCCAGGUCUUGCCAGGCUGGCUGUGUAGCUGUGUGUGGGCAUCUGGGAAUGCUGCUCUGUGCUGCACCCCCUCACAGCUAUCCCAAGUGGCCGAAGGUGCCUGGGCACUGAGGGAGCUCUGAGGGAUGUGUCUGCUCCUCUUCCCACUAGCCCUUUGCUUUGGGUCCAGAAUGCUGUUCAGGGCAGCUUCUGCCCAAGCAGGACGGAUUUUCUUUUGAUAAAGAGUGUCAGGUAGCCGAAAGAGAAACCAUUUCCUUGAUUGUGUAAGGAACUUGCUGGAUGCACAUUAGAGAAUAAAGCUCCUAUUUCUAUGCUUC